GCUGGGCUUAGCGAAGCAUACUUGUGUUUGCAACAUAUUAAUUAUAAGCAAAUGUUUGCAUCAUAUUACUUACGAACUAAAUAAUGAAUAAAAUAAUUGCAGGAUGAUUAGAAAUAAUAUACGAAGACUGAAUCUCCUUGUCAGAAAAUAUCAAUAUUGUUGUUCUUUACCGAGAGUGGCACCGAAAUGCCCAACGUGGUUUGUUAAGCGAUCUGUUUCGAAUGUCAGUGUGAGAUUUAUCAAGAAUAUCAGUCGGGGAUGGCGACUUGUCGUCCCAACUGGAGUAGGCUUCUCACUACUAGCAGUAACACAGUGGAAUUAUUUACAUCAGUAUGGAUAUCGGAUUGAUAUAGAUGAUGGGCCAGAAUUGCUGAAUGAUGUUAUGGUAACUUGCUAUUGUUGCUUGCCAUUGAGGACAACUAGUAGAAUAUGGGGCUGGCUGACGAGCAUCGAAUUGCCAGUUAGUCUUAGACCAACGUUGUAUGGAUUUUAUGCGAAUAUUUUUCACGCCGAUCUGGACGAAGUAGAGCUGGAUUUAUCUGCGUUUCCAAACCUGGUGGAAUUUUUUGUUAGAAAACUCAAGCAUAAUGCUAGACCAAUUGCUCAAAAUGCAAUGAUUUCACCUGCAGAUGGUAAGGUGCUUUAUUUUGGACCAGUGACUUCUUGCCGCGUGGAACAAGUGAAAGGAGUAACAUACGAUCUUAGACAAUUUUUGGGUGAUCAUUUCAACGAUUUCACAUUAAAUGAAAUCGCGAAAAAGACGACACAGGACGAUUAUGUAAAGUCACUUUUGAAGAAUCCAGACAAUAGAUUGUAUCAACUGAUCGUUUACUUGGCACCUGGCGAUUAUCAUCGGUUCCAUAGUUCUACCGAUAUGACCAUAAAAUUUCGACGGCACUUUCCAGGAAAGCUACUGAGCGUUAAUCCAAAGGUACUCAAAUUUAUGCCCAACUUGUUCUCGUUAAACGAACGCGUUGUGUAUGUUGGAGAAUGGGCAGGCGGCUUCAUGGCUUAUGCAGCGGUCGGAGCGACGAAUGUGGGCUCCAUACGAGUCUACUGCGACAAAGAAUUGGCAACUAAUACGGUGCACUGGCCAGAAAGCGCGCAUUGGAAGGAAGCGAGUUUAGAUAACGCGCAUAUUACCAAAGGUGAACUGUUUGGCGAAUUCAGACUCGGAUCCACGAUCGUGCUUCUGUUCGAGGCACCGCGAGACUUUCAAUUCUCCUUGCAAAUCGGUCAAACCAUUAAAGUCGGUCAGGCAUUAAAUACAUUUUCUAAUAAAAAGUCUGACAAAAAACAGCUCGGACGACAGCACCUAAUUAUGAACGUCGCACAGAAUUGGAGAGAUAUAUGGAAACCUAGAAUAUAAAAUAAAGCAAAUAAAAUUAGGAACUAAUUUUAUUGGAAAAUUAAAGAAGAUGUGUCAGCAUCUUAUACGCUCGUAUUUUUUUAUGCGAAAUUGAAUUAUAGGCGCAAUAAAAAAAAACACUAGAGUUACGAGAGUUCUAGAGACUCAGUUUUCUCGAGUAAGUAUCGAUCCUGUGAUUUUUGUACGUAAUCGUGUUCGUGCGUGAGAAAAUCAUCUCAUGCGACUUAUCUGAAAUUACAUGUUAAUACAUCUCCCGCUAAUUAUACUCGUUCGUUACUUUAAUUGCGUAAUAUCAAGCAUCACGCAAAAAAAAAAAAACAAUGGUUUAUAAUAGAUUUGACAUAGUUGAUUUAUUGUUAUGGCCGGGUAGUACUGUGCAACGCGUCUCUCCUGUGAGGCUUUACACGAUCACGAUUGAGAAACCAACGGAACUUCUUAAUGCGAGAAAACAUACUUUUCUUUCUUCGUGCGUCACCACUGAUAGAGGUCGGAUCGUAAACUGUUUUAGUUGCAUGUCAAAUCGAUCUUUGUUUGCAGUUAAGUUAGCUGGUCAAGGCCGCUAGAUGAAACACUUUCCUCAAUUAAGGCUCUAACUCCUUUUUGUUAAAGAAAGUAACAGCCACGUCGUAUAUCGCAAGUUUCUGCGCGUUACGAAGCACCGAGUUUUACUAACCACGUUAUAUUUUUAUAGCAGUAUUUUUACUAAUCCUCUAUCGUUAAUAUUAAUGUUGCUUCUGAAAAAUCUGAAUUAAAUCGGAAUAUCUUUUAUCCCAACUUGUAUCCAGCGCGCGCGAACAUGACUUCGCACUAGACCAGAUUAACUAUAAUAUGAAUAUUUAAU